GUUCGGGUUCGGGUCAGAUCCACCGUUUUCUUAUCUGAACUUCUGAAAUGGGGGAAAAUAUCUCUUCCCUUUUCGUGUAAUCGUUAACUGGCCAUGAUGACGGCAGGGUACACCGCUCUGGCUAUUGCUGCCGGCGUCGGUGUUGGGACUCCUUUCUCCGGUGAGUUAAAUCAACAACCGGGUAGUACAAAGUCGAAGCUAUUCAGCCGUGUAACAAGUCGUCCUUCAGCUUUUUGCUUCGCUCGUCAUCAAUUUGUAAGGCAGAAGAAAUGCUUCUCGCUACCAAACAACAACUCGAAUUUGAAACGGAGUUUCGCCCUUCGGAAAGACGCCGACGACAACUUCUUGAAGGUAAAUGCGGAAGACGUCGACGAAGUGUUCGACGAUUUGUUCAACAAAUACGGGAAAGUGGUGUUCAGAAGGAACGAGCAGAGGCCUUCAAUCGCCGAGGUUGAUGACGAUGCUGAAACCUUGUCAUUUGCGGUGGCGGUGGCCAAAGUUGCGAGUGAUGUUAAAGCUGGCGACAUAAAGGUCCUGUUUGUGAAGCCUCUGGUGUACUGGACUCGCUUCUUCAUAAUCGCCACAGCAUUUUCCCGGCCCCAGAUUGAUGCAAUUGCGUCAAGGAUAAGAGAUCUUGGCGAGAAGCAGUAUGGGAAAGUUCCAUCUGGAGACACAAAACCAAACUCAUGGACCCUUUUGGACUUCGGUGACGUAGUGGUGCACAUAUUUCUUCCCGAGCAGAGGGAUUACUACAACUUGGAGGAGUUCUAUGGUAAUGCGAAAUCGAUUGAUCUCCCCUUCGAGAAUCAGCCUCCUCCAUUCCGCGGCUGACAAUGAAUAGCAAGUGUAUUGAACUCAAGCUUGAGUUGUAUGCCAUUCGUGAGCUAGAGCGAGCUUCUUUCGAAGGCUUGCAGAGGCUCAAACAGCCAAAGACUGGAAAGUUUACAGGGCGAGAAUGGUUAUAGGACGGGGAUCGCCUUUUUUGGCCAUGGUGCCGGUACCAUUGUAAUGGGUUAGUGUUAGAUCGCUGGUGUAGUUGAUGCUGUCAUUUGGCGUUGGGAGUGUAACCUGUUUUUGGCCAUGGUGCCGGUGCUAUUGUAAUGGGUUAUUGUUAGAUCACUGGUGUAGUUGAAUAGAAGUAUAGAACACCGCUGGACCACUGUAAUGGGUUUCUGAAGUAGUUGCAGAUACCAAUUGUAAACAAAACACUCUUAAUCAAGAAACUAUUUCAGACUUCUAAAACCCAUUGCAUAGUACAUUUCCCACAGUUACAGAUGAUCCUUUCUCGUCUUUUUUCUUGUUCUUUGUACCUUAACUUACACAUUUCAUACAUGUCAAAAGAUCGAAUAGAGCAUGGCUUGACCAGCAGUUUGCACCUGGUAACUCCUUAUCACCGGAACAUGCGACAGAGUGGACUAAGGGCUGAUGGGCCCUAAGCGGAGACUUUGAUUGAUGAGUACUACAGUCCGGCGGAACACUUCUUAUGGGCAUCGAUGAAGUUGCAGUAAGAAAGGAGCCAGGAUCAAAGCACACCAACCAAUGCAACAUUACCGCUGCAAGCCUAUCUCCUUGUGUCAUGACUCAGGAGGCGAACUGACAAUGAGGGCUUUCACCUAAGAAGAAGCUUCAUGGCCUGUGCAGUGUUCAGGAUUGAUUUUGAACCAAAAUUUCCAGCAGAAGCUUUCAGACAUACAUCUCAAAGGCUAGUUCCUGGGCAGCACAUGAAGACAUUGUUAUCAGAGUAGCAUAAAAGCAAAGAUGCACAUAAUUCACCAAGCAAUCGAGCUCAAGUGAUGGAAUUUAUUUAGGGAGACAUACAGCUACAGAAUGUCUGAGUGCUGACUGCCACCUCGUCCAGAUUCUGUAAGACCCAUAUCUAUAUCUUGAGUUGCAGUCCAACCAGGCUCGUAUGCUUCGAGAAACCCCAUCUUUGCCUUGUUAGGCAAGUCGUGAGGGUGAACGAACGGCACGCCAGGUGGCCACCCAAUCUCCAUUCUGAUAUUGGCACAAGGACUAUCUACAUCAUUAACAUGACUCUCACACUCUUUUAAGUUACAGAACCUGAGCUUGAUCCCCUUCUUAUCAGCAAUAUCCUGAACUCUCUCCUUGAGUACCCUCUGUGCAUCGAGCCGCAACCUCUUUGAAGGCGGUAGAGGUUUGCAUCUUGAAUCGUUACUCUUUCUUCUCUUCAUUGCGGGCUUCAUCACAGAUCCUGUACCAGCAUGUCAUCGAUCCAACGACCGUCUUGAGAGGAGGGGAACCCGAAGCCCUGAUAUCCGUGCUUGUUCAAUAUAUAAUCAGUAGUGUGUGACCUCUGCAUAAAGUCAUCCACUAGCACUGGCAGCUGGAACUGAGAUUCAACACCGUGCCCAGCUGCUCUCAUCUCCGACGAACUAAGAUUGGUCAUCGAUUUUGGCAUAAGCUUAAAUGUCAAAGAACAUCUUCCAUACAUAUUACUCUGCAUGCCGCUACCAGUAUCGGUUCUAUGAAGCGCAGGGUUCACAUAACCUGCUGUCGCCUGGUAAAGUGCAAGCCCUGGGAAAACAAUAGCUUCUUGAGGACCAAGAUCACCAUCUACAGGAACCCAUCUCCCAUUAAAGUCUCUAAUAUGAAGCCCUGCUUUAUCCGACUUAACCAGCGAUAUCAAGCUCUUGUCGACAUGGUGAUUGUCGUCUUCACACAAACCACCCAUUUGGCCAUGAGCUCCCUGAAACGACGGCCUUGCGUGACAGCAAACCGAUAACACAGAAGACGAUAUCUCUCGACCUCUCAAGGGCAUAUUAUCGAGUAUUUCAGCGAAAGGCGAGCUGCGCAAAUUCAAAUAGAAGCUAAUUGCAUCCAAGAUACCCCGAGCAGCUCUCCCCAGCAGAGCAAAAAUGUCAGGCAAGGCUCCAGGAGGAGGGAGGAAUUCAACGGAGUUGAUUGAAGAAUGCUCGUCGAGAGGCGUUAAACCAGGUCUGUAAUCGUAUGUCUCCUGCCACAACUGAGGAUCAGCGAAGUAACCAGACGUCCUGCACCACUCGCGGGAAUCGUCACUCUCAAUCACGUCGGGGAACGAUGGCCUCUGGUGGAAGUAGAGGCGCGCGGAAUCCAAACCCGACCUCAAGAGAGCUCCGUCGCUGGAUGAGAAUUGAAUGAUGGCGGCGGAGUACUGAGAGAGAGACUGGGAUAGAGUAGAGACUGAUAGCUUGUAGGAAUCGGAAGGGACGCCGUCGGUGGCGAUAAGAUCGCUGAGCUUCACUCGGCCUAAUGUCAGCAGGCCGUUGGCGGCCAUGAAAGUACUUCUCCGCUGGCUGACGAAGGGAGAACAACCAAAUAUUGGAGGAAAUGCAAAGAGCUCCACGAUGCAAUCAAUCAAACCAACUACAGUCGGCGUCUACAAUACUUCCCGGAGGAGCGACAAUGGCGACUUCAGCAGACGAUGGUUACUUCGCGAAUGGAGGAGAAUGCUUGGAGUAAAUGGUUGGUGACGAAUUGGGAAUUUAGGGUUUGGACGAGAGGCCAAAGAGGUAAGAGAAUGAGAAGCGUUCUUCCUCUUCUUCAUCGUUGUAUCAUAUAUGAUUCAGCUGAUCUCUGCCUG